AUGGUGUCCACUUUCAGCUAUUUCCCUCUACUGGGUUCAUCUCUAUCAGAGUUUCUUACUCUUUCCCGACUUCUGCUUCUCUCUCUUGCCCUUGUCUCGUUCUUUGCUCCAGUCUCCUGCUCCGUUCUCUCCUCCUCUCCCUACUCCUACUCCUGUAUCUCUCCGUCACCGAGGGCUCCUGCUCCGUUCUCUCCUCCUCUCCCUACUCCUACUCCUGUAUCUCUCCGUCACCGAGGGCUCCUGCUCCGUUCUCUCCUCCUCUCCCUACUCCUACUCCUGUAUCUCUCCGUCACCGAGGGCUCCUGCUCCGUUCUCUCCUCCUCUCCCUACUCCUACUCCUGUAUCUCUCCGUCACCGAGGGCUCCUGCUCCGUUCUCUCCUCCUCUCCCUACUCCUACUCCUGUAUCUCUCCGUCACCGAGGGCUCCUGCUCCGUUCUCUCCUCCUCUCCCUACUCCUACUCCUGUAUCUCUCCUUACCUCUCUUUCUCAUCUCUCUGUCACCGAGGGCUCCUGCUCCGUUCUCUCCUCCUCUCCCUACUCCUGCAUCUCUCCUUACCUCUCUCUUUCUCAUCUCUCUGUCACCGAGGGCUCCUGCUCCGUUCUCUCCUCCUCUCCCUACUCCUGCAUCUCUCCUUCUCAUCUCUGUCACCGAGGGCUCCUGCUCCGUUCUCUCCACCUCUCCCUACUCCUGCUCCUGUAUCUCUUCUUACCUCUCUCUCUCUCAUCUCUGUCACCGAGGGCUCCUGCUCCGUUCUCUCCUCCUCUCCCUACUCCUACUCCUGUAUCUCUCUCUUUCUCAUCUCUCUGUCACCGAGGGCUCCUGCUCCGUUCUCUCCUCCUCUCCCUACUCCUACUCCUGUAUCUCUCCUUACCUCUCUUUCUCAUCUCUCUGUCACCGAGGGCUCCUGCUCCGUUCUCUCCUCCUCUCCCUACUCCUACUCCUGUAUCUCUCCUUACCUCUCUUUCUCAUCUCUCUGUCACCGAGGGCUCCUGCUCCGUUCUCUCCUCCUCUCCCUACUCCUACUCCUGUUCCUGUGUCUCUCCUUACCUCUCUCUUUCUCAUCUCUCUGUCACCGAGGGCUCCUGCUCCUGUGUCUAUCUCUACCUCCCUCUUUGUCGUCUCUCCAUCUCUCUCUGCUGUGCUUGUCUGGUGACCUCUGAACUCUGUGCUC